UGCUGGGGAGCGCGGCGGACAUGGGCGAGACCAUGUCAAAGAGACUGAAGCUGCACUUGGGAGGGGAGGCGGAGAUGGAGGAGCGAGCGUUCCCCAAUCCCUUUCCGGACUACGAGGUUGCUGCUGCUGCUGUGGGGCUCGCGGUAGGCGCGGCGGAGGAGACGGGCUAUGCUCGUCCCCCGCCUUCCACAGACGAGCUUGGCCUCCCUUUCCACCAGGACGGAAAGAUUAUUCAUAACUUCAUAAGGCGGAUCCAGACCAAAAUCAAAGAUCUUCUACAGCAAAUGGAAGAAGGGUUGAAGACAGCUGACCCUCAUGAUUGCUCUGCUUAUACUGGCUGGACAGGCAUAGCCCUUUUGUACCUGCAGCUGUACCGGGUCACUUGUGAUCAGGCUUAUCUGCUCAGAUCUCUGGAUUAUGUAAAGAGGACACUUCGAAAUCUGAAUGGUCGCAGAAUCACUUUCCUCUGUGGUGAUGCUGGGCCUCUUGCUGUGGGAGCUGUGAUCUAUCAUAAACUCAAAAGUGAUAGCGAGUCCCGGGAAUGCAUCACAAGACUUUUGCAGCUGCACAGAACCGCUGUCUGCCAAGAGUCAGAGCUUCCUGAUGAGCUACUUUUUGGACGGGCAGGUUAUUUGUAUGCCUUACUGUACCUGAACACGGAGAUCGGCCCAGGCACUGUGUGUGAAUCAGCUAUUAAGGAGGUAGUCACUGCUAUUAUUGAAUCAGGUAAGACCUUGUCAAGGGAAGAAAGAAAAAAUGAGCGCUGUCCCCUACUGUAUCAGUGGCAUAGGAAGCAAUAUGUUGGUGCAGCCCAUGGCAUGGCUGGGAUCUACUAUAUGUUAAUGCAGCCAGCAGCAAAAGUGGACCAAGAAACCUUGACAGAAAUGGUAAAACCCAGUAUUGAUUAUGUGCGUCACAAAAAAUUCCGAUCUGGGAAUUAUCCAUCUUCAUUAAGCAAUGAAACUGAUCGAUUAGUCCACUGGUGCCAUGGUGCCCCGGGUGUCAUCCACAUGCUCAUGCAGGCAUAUAAGAUUUUUAAGGAGGAGAAAUACCUGAAAGAGGCUAUGGAGUGCAGUGAUGUGAUUUGGCAGCGAGGUCUGCUUCGGAAGGGUUAUGGGAUCUGCCAUGGGACUGCUGGGAAUGGCUACUCUUUCCUGUCCCUUUACCAUCUCACACAGGACAAAAAGUACCUCUAUCGAGCUUGCAAGUUUGCAGAAUGGUGUCUAGAUUACGGAGCACAUGGGUGCCGUAUUCCUGACAGACCCUAUUCCCUCUUUGAAGGCAUGGCUGGCGCUGUUCACUUUCUCUCCGACAUCUUGGUGCCAGAGACAUCAAGGUUUCCAGCAUUUGAACUUGGCUCUUCAGAGAGGGAUUAAAAAGGUGCAAAAAGACAACUGAAAUACGCAUUGGACCAAAAGCAACCAGAUUGCUUAGUGCCUGACACAGAACCAGUUGUGAAUAUUGAAAGAUAAUAAAAAGCAAACACUUUCACAGACCCUCUUUUGUUGCAAAGACCCUGAAGUUAGAGCAUUCCAUCAACAUUUUGUGACAGUGUUUCCUUCAUUGGUGUAAAAUAUGAAUUCUUCACAUACAGGUUUCUUGUAGUAUGCAUGUUUCUUGGUGUUUGUUGUCUGUAGGGAUAAGUUCUAAAUGGAAAGCCCUUUUCCUCACAUGAGCUCUCACCAGCUGAGCAGCAGCCACACUUUUCUGUAUAUAAUAUAUAAAGGAGGGCAUUGUCUCUAUUGACAGACAAGGGAACAGGCAGGUGAUGUCUCUUUUAAACACCAGAAAGAGAAUCUAGGGUGAUAUCCUAGUGAGAAUACUUUGUCAGCAUUUUUCAUAGGCACCUUUCAGAAGAGCAUGAGGGAAGACCACUCUCAAAAGUGAAGAGAAACAGCAGGCAAGAGGGCAUUUGCCAGAACACUUGUGGAGGGCACUGUUGCACACUGCUUCCUCUUUAUGUCUUGCUGCUGCACAUAGUACCUCUAUUAGGGCUCCCCUUUCUCAGCAGAAGUUUCAAGAAUUGUGCAAAUUUCAAAGGGCUUCUUGCAGGCCAAGGCAGCCAUUAUCCUGGGGAAUGGACUCCAUGAUGCCAAGAGUAACUUUUAAUGACCACACAACUAAGCGUUGACAA